UUCUGCUUCUCACUCGUAUAUCACAUGUCCUCAUCCUUUUCCGAUUACCUUUAGCCAACUCUCUCAGUUAUCAUGUCAAAUUCUUUCCCUUAUCCUUAUCACAUUUCCUCCUUAUCCCUCCACUUUAACCCAACUUUCUCAUUUAUCGCGCCUAAUUCUCCUAUUUUAUUUCAACAGAUUUACAGCUUCCUCCAGCUACAAAUUGUCUAGAUUUUAUCAAUUUUUUUCGUUAUUUCCCCUUUUAUCGUUAUUCACACAGUGCAUUUUCGUUCUAUUUUAACUUUAUUUUUUACCCGCUCAUCCCCAACAAGUAAAGCUAAUAUAUAAAAUUUUGUUGCUUUACACGUGUGGAUGAGAAAAUGAUUAAUUAUCUGUGUUAAGUGAUGAAUAUUAUAGCUUUUUUAAUGCUUUUACGAGUGUAACCAAAAAAUAUAUGUUGCAGACAGCAUUUUUUGGAAAAUAAAAUUAAUGGAAAUAAUAUCGCUAAUUUCCAGUUAUUAUUUUUUAUUUUUAAAAUUAAUCCCAAAUUUUAAUUUUUUUAAUCCUUAGACUUUUAAUUCACCCUAUUCCCUCCCUUUAUUUAAUUUUUAAUGAAAUUUGAUAUUUGCCCCUCAACAGACAUGCCCAUUUUUCAUUCUUUGUUUUUUAUUUCCUUAUUAGUCAACUCUAUAUUUGGUUACUUAAUAAAUUUAUUUUAACUAAUGAUGCUGAGAAAUUGACAUUUAAAUGGGAAAUAUAAAUUUAAUUUUCUUUUAAUUUAAAAAAUAUUUUUUAAUUUAAAAUUAUUUUUAAUUAAAAAAAUUUCCUAGAAAUAUUUAAUAAAAUUAAAAUAAUGCCCAGUAUGUCUACACCAACUACGAAUAUUUUUUCGAGUUCAUUACCUUCUAUAUUCAGAAGGAAAAAACAAAGUUAUGAUAUGAAUCCGCCUGAACCAACGUGUCAAGUUAUUUAUUUGGGAAAUGUUCUAACCGCCGGUCUAGGCAAAGGUGAAGCAAGCAUCGAACGGCCCUUAAGUGUUAUCUGGCGUAUGUGGAAUGCUACAAAACAAGCAAAUAAUAAGCAACAUAAAGAAAACAAGAUUAAUUCACAACCUAUUCGAAUGAGUUUAUGUGUUACCCAUUCUGGAAUAAAGACAGAAACGAAGCAAUUGGGGCUAACCGAAUAUUGGGCACACAGAAUUACUUUUUGUUCAGCUCCGCAACAGUAUCCGAGAGUUUUUUGUUGGAUUUACAAACACGAAGGCAAACGUAUGAAACCCGAGCUUAGAUGCCAUGCAGUUCUAUGCAAAAGGCCAACAGAGCCUGAACGACUUGAGAAAUUAUUAAACCAAUAUUUACAGGCUGCAUUACAAGAGUAUAAACGGGAGAAAUUGGCAACUGAACGUGCUCGCAAAAAUUCGCUUUUAUUGCUUCUUUCCAAAAAUAAUAUUAGCUGUCCGAGGCGUAAACAGCUUCUUUUAACCGGUUCUCUCAAUUUUAGGCCUCAGAUUAAACGCUCAAAUUCUGAACCUCGUUUGGUGGCUAUAGAUGAGGAGGAGGAACAGUCUGAGGAGAGGAAUACAACGCCUACUAAAAAUGCAGUGUUAAAUAAAGAAAAUGUUUCAGUUGAUGUUCUUCCUGAAAGAAAUGUUGAGGAAGUUGUUAAUAAAAGGGAUCAUAGCGAAUUGGAGGCUAACCAAGUUCCAAGUCUGUAUAAUGAAGAUAAUGAAAUUUAUUAUUCCUCUUCCGAUGCAGAGGAUUCUUUAAAUUUGGAGUACCAUUACAGAAAUACGCCUCUUUUAAGUGGAGAUUCAAGUUCACAACAUUCAGUUCAUUCCUCAUCAGCUAGCAGUAGCAUAAAUUCAUGUUCUUCCUGUAGCGAUGAUGGAAGACAAGACAAUGACGAUAUUGCCCAUCAUUUUACCUCAAGUAUCAGUAGCUGUUCUGCUUCAUAUACCUCAACCUCAACCAACAAUGGAAACAAUUCUAGCAGCAACGAUUUUAUCAACUCUUCAUUUUCGCCUUAUUUUUCUUUUAAUUCUGAUUUUCAUUCUCCUGUUGAUUUAUUGACAAAUGAUGUAAUUCCUUCACUUCGCGCCUUUUCUCUAUCAACUCCAAUCUCGGCUGCUUUAUCUCCUACAUAUUCAAAUAGAGUAGUUGGCGAUGUUAUGAAGAAUUAA